AUGCAGUACGCAGGGAUUCAUCAGGGAGGUGAUGAGAGUGAUGAGGAGAGCCCCACGGAGACCUAUCAUCGUCUCAGAGGUCUCUAUCGUCGCUGGAUACGGCCCGAGGAGCGGACCAAGGAGGAGGUCGGCGAGGCAAUCAUCAUGGAGCAGCUGCUGCGAGUUUUCCCCUUCGAGGUGCGGACCUGGGUGAAGGAGCGCGAGCCCGGCGAUGGACUCACCGCUGCAAAGUUGGCCGUGCAGUACCUCAACGCGCGCAAAGGAGGACCUGCCCGGACCGGCACUACAGCUCAGCGUGGGCCAGCUCAGCCGCUUCUCUCCAGACCACCCCGGCAGGACAGCUACCCAGAUCGGCAAGACCAGCCCUAUCUUGUGAGUGUGGGUGUGGUUGAAAACUUACCAGUGGAUGCUAUUCUCGGUUGGGAUUUACCAGUUCUCAUGGACCUGUUGAACGAAAAAGUGUCUGAGGAAAGUGACUCUGGGGGGAAUAGUAACUGUUCUAUGUCUAUGGCAUGUCCUGUUUUAACCCGAGCUCAGGCAAAAACGGGUGUCCAGCCUCUGCCGGACUUGGACAGUAGUCUGUGUGAGGGGGGCACCAAGGGGCCCAAGAAGUCCCGCCGUCAGAGGCGGUUUGAGAAACAAAUGUGGUCUGCUAGUCCUGAAGAUGUUUUACCUUUGUGUUGGAAUGUGCCUGACAAUGUUGGACAUGCCAUGAAUGAUGCCCGUAUCACCCGUGCUAUUGGUCUGUGCAAGAGGAUCGUGAGCAGCUUUUCAUACAGCUGGAAAAAAAGAAGAGAACUGGCUGAAGUACAACUGCAACUUGGUCUGCCAGCUCACCAAUUGAUCACAGAGUCUGCCACACGCUGGGGAUCGAGGUUGGUAAUGAUAGAGAGGGUCCUGGAGCAAGAAAGAGCACUGGCUAAAGUCCUGUCCGCUGACAAGAAAACUAGACCUCUAGAUCUUACCUGGCAGGACAUAGAGGUCCUGGAGGCCAUUCAGAAAGCUCUAAAACCUCUUCAGGACUUUACAGAUGCUCUCUCAGGAGAGGCCUACGUGACCCUGUCGUAUGUCAGACCUGUACUUCACCUGUUCAACAAUUGUCUCAUGGCAUCUGAAGAAGGGGAUAGUGAGCUGUGCAAGUCCAUCAAGACCAAAGUUGUGGAUUACCUCAAUAACAAAUAUGCAGACCCAACUACCAGUGACCUGUUGGAUAUAGCCUCUCUUCUAGAUCCAAGAUUCAGGGCCAAAUACAUCUCAUGUGACCAUGACCACAUGGAACGCAGAGUUAUUUUGGAGACUCAGUCUUUGCUGCAUGAAUGUGUGCGCGAGCUGAAUGACCCAACAGAACAAGAAGGAGCAGCUGUGGCAGUGCCACCUAAUCCAAAAAGAAAGAAAUCACUCGCAAGCUUCUUUAAAGAGAGUCCUGGCACUGGUAGUGCCACCGGCACCAAACUCACACCGAGAGAGACAAUAGAACAUGAACUGUCAACCUAUCUGCAGUCAAUCUGCAUAGAGAGUGAUGCUGACCCACUCAAAUGGUGGAAGGACCAUGAGGUUGCUUUUCCAGCACUGAGCCGCCUGGCCAACAAGUACCUUUGUGUGUCAGCCACCAGCUCCCCUUCAGAAAGGAAUGUGGAGUUCUGUGAGGCCCUGAACCAAAUGGAGAAGACUGUGAUUGGGAUCUAUGUCGUAAUACCAAAAGGCUAUGAUGACACCACAGACUCACCUGACGAAGUAGGAAUCAUCAUUGAAGGAGGCAUCGCUCUUGUCGACAGCUCCUUUCUCCGGGACCUGACUCCGGAUGUGGAGCUGGUUGUUUACCUGGCUGGAUUCUCUAGCUUUUUCUCAAGAUCUCCAAAGAGAACCAGCGUGCUUGAUAGAGUGGUAGCCCACAGACUUCCAAGAGCAAGCACAGUGAGGUGGAACUUCCACAUCCGAGCUGUGAACACUAUUUUUGAGCACAAAGAAGACCUGCUCCAGUGUUUUGGAAACAUCAGGGAUUCAGGAGAGUUUGAUCCUACCACUGUGAGAGAAGCUGGAGGGUUUGUGAGGCUGCUGGAGGAUGAUAGUUUCAGCUUCUUCCUGAAUCUGUUCCAUCUCAUCAUGCCACAUGUGGAUAUUCUCUACAGCCAGCUCCAGAAGAGGACCAUCGAUUCUGUCUUUGUUCAGGGAAUCAUGCAGAAGUUCACAGACAGCAUACAAAAGAUCAGAGACUCCCUCUUCACUCUCUGUGGAGAACACAGUGGCAGUGGAUCUCAGCUGGCCAAGAAACGCCGCACCCUGGGCCCCGGUGAACUUCAGAAGGUAUCCACAGAGGUUUGUGACACCAUCUUGGUCCAUGCAAAGCAGAGAUUUGCCUUCACAAAGCAUCUGAUCAGUGCUACACUGCUGCAGGCAGACAGAUUUCAACAGUACCACAGCCAGUUCCCUGAAGCAGCACUAAACACCACUGUGGAGGCUUACCCAAUGCUGAACAAGAACAAGCUGAAAACUGAACUGUCUCUCAUCUACAGCAAUGAUGAGUUCAAGAGCUGCAGUGGUGCUGUGGCUCUCUACCAGCUUUUCAUGGAGAACAAUCUUCAGGACACCUUCUCAGAGACUGUUGCUCUGCUUAAGAUCCUCAUCACAACUCCCAUGACCACAGCUGAAUCUGAGAGUAGAAACAGCCUCUCCAGCCGCAGGUGGUCCGCCCUCAGCCGCCGUCUCUCUCUCACUGAUUCCAUCCUCGCCACCUGUUUGCUGCGUAACAAUAUUUCAGAUGUGAACGAUGACGGAUGUGAUCGUCCCCUCAAAGGCCGCCCUGUCAGCUCCGCACCGGGAACCUCUUCAUCUUACUACAUGUUGGAAUCUCCAGUCUUUGGCCCCGCAGCUCUGCAGAUGCUACCACCGAAACCUGACCGAGAACCUGACCGAGAACCUGACCGAGAACCUGACCGAGAACCUGACAGAGAACUUGACCGAGAACCUGACCGAGAACCUGACCGAGAACCUGACCGAGAACCUGACCGAGAACCUGACAGAGAACCUGACCGAGAACCUGACAGAGAACCUGACCGAGAACCUGACCGAGAACCUGACAGAGAACCUGACAGAGAACCUGACCGAGAACCUGACCGAGAACCUGACAGAGAACCUGACAGAGAACCUGACCGAGAACCUACAGAGAACCUGACAGAGAACCUGACAGAGAACCUGACAGAGAACCUGACAGAGAACCUGACCGAGAACCUGACCGAGAACCUGACCGAGAACCUGACCGAGAACCUGACCGAGAACCUGACCGAGAACCUGACAGAGAACCUGACAGAGAACCUGACUGAGAACCUGACAGAGAACCUGACAGAGAACCUGACAGAGAACCUGACCGAGAACCUGACCGAGAACCUGACCGAGAACCUGACCGAGAACCUGACCGAGAACCUGACCGAGAACCUGACCGAGAACCUGACCGAGAACCUGACCGAGAACCUGACCGAGAACCUGACCGAGAACCUGACCGAGAACCUGACAGAGAACCUGACAGAGAACCUGACCGAGAACCUGACCGAGAACCUGACCGAGAACCUGACCGAGAACCCGACCGAGAACCUGACAGAGAACCUGACAGAGAACCUAAUCUGUUAUGAUUAG